AAUCAACUGUUCAAGUCUUUUAAGUUUUACAACUACCAACCGUAUAAAUGAGCAACUAUAUGCUGUAUUAAUUUAUGUCCAAAAAUAAUAAAAUAAUGUGAGAAGAUGAGUAUUUAUAACUUCACUCAGGAAAGCCAUAACAUCAAGAAGUGUGUUUUGCGAAAAGUAGCAUUUUAAUAUCAUUAUCAUGGAGGAAAAGCCUGCAAUUUUUUAUUUCAACAAGCUUUUAUGGAAGCAAGUUUGUUCAACUUUCAUGGAGAUUCUCAAAGUCUUGGUUCUUUUGCUUUUCUUUUCCAUGGAAACGGUCAUUAUCUUGCAAAAUCUUGAGCCUAUGUUUCACAUUAUACCCUUUUCUGUUCUACUUAUAUACUUCAUUUCCUUGUCUUAUAUCUCUAAAACAUCUCCUGUCUAUGUUGUGGAUUUUACAUGUUUCAAACCACCAAACUACUUGAGAGUUCCUUUCUCAUCCUACAUAGAGCAUGCAAGAAUGCUUGAUUUCUUUGAUGAUAAGAGUGUCUCUUUCAUAUCCAAGAUUCUUCAACUUUCAGGUAUGGGGGACCAAACUUAUUUUCCUCCGGGUCUUUUUUAUAUUCCUCCAAGAUCUGGUCAAAAAGAAGCUAUCAUUGAAGUACACAUGGUCCUUUUCUCUGUCUUUGAAGACCUCUUGUCCAAAACACAGAUUUCUCCUGACGAUAUUGACAUACUUAUUGUUAACUGCAGUGGCUUUUGUCCCAAUCCUUGUCUUUCUUCCAUUAUUGUUAACAAGUAUGCAUUGAAAAAAGAGGUGAAAAGCUACACCAUAAGUGGAAUGGGUUGUAGCGCGAACUCACUAGCAAUGGACAUGGCUAGAAACAUAAUGAAGACUCAUAAGAACUCCAACGCGGUCAUCCUUAGCACUGAGAUCUUAUCCACGGGUUGGUAUCCCGGUAAAGAACGCCCUUUCAUGAUGUUGAACUGCAUUUUCCGCUUGGGGGGCGCCGCCAUCUUUCUGAGUAACAAGAAAGAUGCUAAAAAUGUUGCUAAGUAUAAGUUGCUUUGGACACUUAGGACGCAAGGAGCCUUUGAUGACAAGCGAUAUUACUCUGCUUAUCGUGACGAGGACUCUAGUGGAAUCACUGGAGUGAGGCUGAACGGGGACGUCUUGCAGGUGGCCGGAGAUACUCUCCGGUCCCACAUCCCCUUUGUCGGGGCGAGAUUCCUCCCCAUAACAGAGAAACUAAGGUUUGUUGCAUCAUCUAUAUUGAUGAUCAUGUACAAAACCACUAUACGUUCAACAACAGAGAUUUAUAUUCCCAACUUCAGAAGAGCAUUUCAACAUUUCUGUUUCCCUGCCACGGGGAAGUCGGUUGUGAGAGAGACUGCAAAGUGGUUGAAGCUUGGAGAUAGAGACAUGGAGCCAGCGUUGAUGACAUUACAUAGGUUUGGGAAUCAGUCUUCAGCUUCCUUGUGGUAUGAAUUAGCUUACUUAGAAGCAAAAGAAAGAGUGAAAAAAGGUGACAAAGUUUGGCAAUUGGGAAUGGGAACUGGGCCCAAGUGCAUUAGUGUGGUAAUGGAGUGUAUAACACCUAUUUUUGGUGAGGCCAUUAUUGGGCCAUGGGCUGAU